UACCCCAGAAUCCGGGGAAAGUUUGCGCUAAGAAAGGGUUCCCGCGCCAAAUUUGGCGCGACGGCUGUUAGUUUUCCGGGGUAGACCUAGAGAUCUUCCACUCUCUAUUACACUAUCUAUCAACUAGCAUCCCCUUACUUCAAUUUGCCUACAUAUAAUUUGACACUCAUAACAGCGCAAUGUCGAAACGGGUUUCAAAGUUACGAUAAAGUCGCUCUAAAAUGUUGAUAUAUUACGCAUCUAGCCAUUGCCUUCGAUAUGCAGCGAUUGGCUGGUCCGUGGUUACCCCACACGCUUCCAUUGAACACGCCAUUGACCAACGUUCAAAUCCGAUCCUAUUACAUAUAUCGUCGUAGGCGUGGACUGAUGAGAGAAAAUCCCGAAAAUGUGCCCUUCUUCGAAAUAUCUCCCCUAGCAUUGGACCUCGAUGCCGAAGAGAGCCCGUACGUGCGUCCUUACGUCGAGGAAACCGAGGGCGAGCCACCACCCGCUACAUAUUAUAGCAGACGUUAUCUCGCAAGGCACCGUACUCUCGGUUUUGAAAAAGCGGCUAGGGCGUAUGAUUAUAAUUUCAAGACUGUUAAGGAAGAUAAAUUCAGCAUAUGGCAAAUAUCUGAUUAUGACGUGCUCUCCUUCAUACUCGAUCCAUCGUUUAAGUAUGGACAGGAAAAUGAGCCGCGACGCGUGCCUUACCAAGACAUAAGUAUACACGAACGUGGGACGAGACUUUACGAAAAGGCGUCGGUAUUGCAACGAAAUGGAAUACCGGAGAUUAUGCAAAGUAGAUUCACCAGGAUUAUGCCCUACAUUCUACGCCGCCAGCAUCUAGCCCGGCGUCUACAUCCGAGUGUUGGCAAGGCAAACACGCUGGGAAGAGCACUUGAUAAAGCAAGCCGAGAACCAGAUAUUGAGAGGAGGUUUCUUGGUUAUGAGAGAAUCAUUGAGCGAGUAAUUCAGACACCCGAGGGCGCCAAGAUCGUCUCCGAGUCUAGCUCGAUCUUAGGGGAUCUAUGCGAAAAGAUUGCGCCUAGCAUACCUCCAGAACGCCUACUCACGUUUUUGAAUAACGUGGUGGUCAACCUAGAACCCCAGCAGCGGCCUAUCUCGCCCAUUCUUCUGCGGUGCGCAUAUCAAGCCACGUAUGAGUGUCGCUGCUUGCCCAUGAUGCAGAAAUACAUGGGACUGGUUCACAAAAGGGGAUAUGAUACAGGGCCCCGGUUUUCCCAAGCUCUUCUUAUUUUUCAGCAGAUGAUGAGUUUCCAGGAUAACAAACCCAGCGAAGAUAUAACGCAUAAUCUUUUAUCCAUAUACGGGCUUUUAACGGGUAGAUUAUGGGGGGAAGAUAUGUCGUAUCCAUCAUUUCUUAAUCAUAUGUCCUCAUAUACCAGCGACCAAUUCACCGGAUUCCUCGCCUGUCUCGCCCGACUAGGGGCUUUCCGGUCUAUGUGGUAUAUCUGGCACGCGCAUCCUGAAAACAUUACCAGAAAGCAAGCCUCUGGCACCACCGUCGGAGAGCUCGUGACUACAACAUUCCCUAAGGACGAGGUAUUUACCCAAGCCAUCGCAUAUGCUGUUGGAGUGAACACUCGCUUCCGAAAAAUAGUGCGAGCUCAUGAUUUUGCGGAUACUGCUACAAUGAGACAUGAAAACUGCGAGCUUGAAUUGCAAACUAUCAUAAAAUCAGCGGAUCUCCUUCUGGCGGAUCAGCCCGAGGGAAAUCAACCAAUGCGCGUUAUAUCGAAAGGGAAGAUAAGCAGUGUUUUUGGAAAGAAGUCGCUUGGGGAAGCAAUGUGGGCACUGCAAUCCUAUCUAUUGAACGUGGUUCUCGACACGGAUGCAUGCUAGAUGAGAUCGAGGUAGAAGUUCGCAUUUGAGGUAGACGAAGCUUUAGAUAGAGGAUAGGGGAAUAUAGCUCACGUAUAAUAACACCUAAGAGCUGUGCGGCGUGGCCUUAGUCGGUAUAAGGACCUCGGGUGGAAGAAAUAAAACAAUGCUCAUCUACGAGACUAUUUACAUAUCCGAGCUGUGCUGGAGUGUCAGCUUCGAAACUAGUAGGCUCGAUGGGGCAGCCUGGAGAUGUAAAGGGGUCGUGGCUAAAUUAGGUCACCUAGGUCCUAGGCAUUGUCGUUGCCGGCU